AGGUGUGUAUUUACCACAGACCGAUGGUGUUGCUGGUGUGUAUUUACCACAGACCGAUGGUGUUGCUGGUGAGUAUUUACCACAGACCGAUGGUGUUGCUGGUGUGUAUUUACCACAGACCGAUGGUGUUGCUGGUGUGUAUUUACCACAGACCGAUGGUGUUGCUGGUGUGUAUUUACCACAGACCGAUGGUGUUGCUGGUGAGUAUUUACCACAGACCGAUGGUGUUGCUGGUGUGUAUUUACCACAGACCGAUGGUGUUGCUGGUGAGUAUUUACCACAGACCGAUGGUAUUGCUGGUGUGUAUUUACCACAGACCGAUGGUGUUGCUGGUGUGUAUUUACCACAGACCGAUGGUGUUGCUGGUGUGUAUUUACCACAGACCGAUGGUGUUGCUGGUGAGUAUUUACCACAGACCGAUGGUGUUGCUGGUGUGUAUUUACCACAGACCGAUGGUGUUGCUGGUGUGUAUUUACCACAGACCGAUGGUAUUGCUGGUGUGUAUUUACCACAGACCGAUGGUGUUGCUGGUGAGUAUUUACCACAGACCGAUGGUGUUGCUGGUGUGUAUUUACCACAGACCGAUGGUGUUGCUGGUGUGUAUUUACCACAGACCGAUGGUGUUGCUGGUGUGUAUUUACCACAGACCGAUGGUGUUGCUGGUGAGUAUUUACCACAGACCGAUGGUGUUGCUGGUGAGUAUUUACCACAGACCGAUGGUGUUGCUGGUGUGUAUUUACCACAGACCGAUGGUGUUGCUGGUGAGUAUUUACCACAGACCGAUGGUGUUGCUGGUGAGUAUUUACCACAGACCGAUGGUGUUGCUGGUGAGUAUUUACCACAGACCGAUGGUGUUGCUGGUGAGUAUUUACCACAGACCGAUGGUGUUGCUGGUGUGUAUUUACCACAGACCGAUGGUAUUGCUGGUGUGUAUUUACCACAGACCGAUGGUGUUGCUGGUGUGUAUUUACCACAGACCGAUGGUGUUGCUGGUGAGUAUUUACCACAGACCGAUGGUGUUGCUGGUGUGUAUUUACCACAGACCGAUGGUGUUGCUGGUGAGUAUUUACCACAGACCGAUGGUGUUGCUGGUGUGUAUUUACCACAGACCGAUGGUGUUGCUGGUGUGUAUUUACCACAGACCGAUGGUGUUGCUGGUGUUUAUUUUUUUAGUGUCUGAAACAGAAAACCGUUGUUUGCACUGAAAUGACAGUAAAUAUGAAAUAAAUCAAUGAAUCAUG